AUGAGCGUGUUCGUGCCGUUCCAGGCAAGCAUUGUAGCCACCAACCAACCAAUGUGCAAAUCAAUUUUCAACCUCCCCCCAUUCUAGACUUAAGUGGGUUGGCGCUGUUGGCAAAGCGCUGUAAACACGCCACCCCAAAUAUAGACUAUUAGCACCCAUAGUAUGCGCCACCAAAGACGCGUGACGCAUGGAUGAGUGGAGUGAGGAUAGCUUACGGAAACCUCACAGGUUGAGUGAUGUAGGAGAUUGCCGGACACAUAGACGUGUUGAGUGAUUUCAGCUGUAUACUGAAACCCCAAGGGUUGAGUGAGGUCUGAGAUUGCCAGACACACCGACGAAUUGAGUGGGGACAGCUGCACUGAAACCCCACGGGUUGAGUGAUGUUGGAGUGCCGGACACAUAGACGCGUUGAGUGAGAAUAGACACAUACUGAACCUCACAGGUGAUUUGUGAUGGAGAUUGCCGGACACCUAGACGUGUUGAGUGAGGAUAGCUGCAUACUGAAACCUCACAGAUGGAUUGGUUUUUGAGCACAUAGCGAGACGCGCUGGGUGGGGAUAGCUACAUACUGA